GCCUGUCAACGAAACAAGAGAAUUAAGAAAGACAUAAAAAUGGCGUCCCCCAGAGAAGACGGUGAAUUGUUGGAAAGCUCCUCUAGUUCCGAUGAAGAAAAUUCUGAAGAAGAAGAGUCAGGAAAACCAGGUCAGAAUGCUGUAAAGUUCAAGAAUGAUGGAAGUUUCCUGGAAAUGUUCAAAAAGAUGCAAGAGAGCAAUCAACAGUCUCCACAAGUACCUGAGAAGAAAGACGUCACACAGUUGCAAAUGAAAAAUCCUGACAAUCCGUCUGCACAUGCCGAACCGUCUCACACAGAAAAGGACGCUGUACCACCACAGCCUGCCCAGAAGAAACCUGGUCUCAUGUCUUUAGUGGGAAAGCGACGCGGAGGCAAAUCCCUACCAGUUGGAGUCGUUAAGAAGCAGAAACGACCAGAAGAAGAAGAAGAAAGUAGUGUGAGUUCAUUUUCUUUCAGUUACCUGGGAAAGACUGAUGCCUGGUCUCAGUACAUGAGUGAAGUGAAAAAAUACAAGGAACGACUGGGUGAUGAAGAGGAGAAAAACAGACCCCUGGUCAAGUGAUUUUCAGACGAUUCCUUUCCGAUUGUGUUGUUUUGUGUGUGACAAGAAUAAAAAACUGUGGAUGAUUUUCAAAUGAA